CUUCUUUCAACCGCAGCAACAGUUAGUAGUCAACCUCCGUAGGUUGUUAGACAAAAUAGCCGAACCAAUAAAGCUCUUUAGACGCUUUCGUGGGUAUUAGCCACUGUGUUUUAAAGUUAUCCGAUUUAUGUUGUUAUUAGACAGCUAGCGGGCUGGUUAAGUUAGCAUUAGCCUAGCUAGCUAACAUCUCCGACCAUGAGUUCACUAAGCUACUCUCCUUCUGCUAAAGAAGAGGAUGUCUGCUGGACGGAGAAAGAAGCUCUCGUCAAAGAGGAGGAGGAAGAGAAGGAUGUCACAGUAAAACAAGAAGUUGAGAGUGAGGCUGUUAUAGUUAAAGAAGAGAAAGACGUUUCAGUGAAAGAGGAGGAGGAUGUUACAGUAAAAGAAGAGGAGGAAGAGAAGGAUGUUACAAUACAAAAACAAGUAGAGAGUGAGGCUGUUACAGGGAAAGAAGAAGAGAAAGACGUUUCGGUGAAAGAAGAGGAAGACGCGUUCAGAGUGAAGGAGGAUGUUACAGUAAAAGAAGAGGAGGAUGCAGUUUUUGAAGUGAAAAGGGGGGAGAUUACGGCCACAUCGGAAGAGGAGGAAACUAGAUAUCUGGGCCCGAUUUCCCAAACGCAAUUUAAGGCAUCCAGUGGUUCUAACGAUGAACUUAGCCAUAAGAUGGGUUUGAGAAACCGGGCCGUGAUUACCACCGGAGAGAUACAGGACUAUCGUGGAUCCUCUGGGGAGCCUCAACAACAGGCAGAGCAGAGUCUCUCCACAUCAGAACACCUCAAGAAACAACAGCAGAGACCCACAGGGAAGAAAUCUAUUUGCUGCUCUGCCUGUGGGAAAUGUUGCAAAUCUUCAUCAGAACUUAAAAUACACCAGCAAGUCCACACAGGAGAUAAACCAUACUGCUGCUCUGACUGUGGGAAACGUUUCUCAAGAUCAAAUUCACUAAAAGUACACCUGAGAAUUCACACUGGAGAGAAAUCUCACCACUGUUUUGAUUGUGGGAAAAGUUACUUAAGAUUAAAAUCACUAAAAGUACACAUGAGAAUUCACACCGGAGAGAAACCUUAUAGAUGUGAUCAAUGUGGGAAGAGAUUUACUAUAUCUAGCUGUCUGACUAUACAUCAGAGAACACAUACAGGAGAAAAACCAUAUAGCUGUACUCAAUGUGAGAAGAGUUUCACUACAUCUAGCCAAUGGAUUGUACACCAGAGAACACACACAGGAAAGAAACCUCUUAGCUGUAGUCAAUGUGGGAAGAGUUUCACUCACUUAGGCAGCCUGUUAUCACACCAGAGAAAACACACAGGAAAGAAAUCUUAUAUCUGUGAUCAAUGUGGGAAGACUUUUACUCAGUCAAGCAACCUGGUAUCACACCAGAGAACACACACAGGAGAGAAACCUUAUAGCUGUGAUCAAUGUGGGAAGAGUUUUACUAAAUCGAGCAGUCUUAUUGUACACAAGAGAAUACACACAGGAGAGAAACCUCAUAGCUGUGAUCAAUGUGGGAAGAGUUUUGUUACAUCUAGCCGUCUUAUUGAACACAAGAGAACACACACAGGAGAGAAACCUCAUAGCUGUGAUCAAUGUGAUAAGAGAUACUCUGAUAAAAGAUCGCUGAUCAAACAUCAGAAAAUACAUACAUGAAGGAGUUGUUUCAUGAUAUCAAUGAAAUGUCACAGUGUAGAAUGUUUUAACAUUGUAGUAGGAGUAUUUUAAUUAUGUCACAAUGGAGAACCCUAAUUGUUUGCCCCCUGUUCUAUUGAUUUCAGUGUGAUAUGGAUAUGAGCUUCAUCAGUAGAAACAUCUUUGUACUUUGCUCCGUUCAUCUUUCCCUCAAUCUUGACUAGUCUACCAGUCCCUGCCACUGAAAAACAUCCCCACAGCAUGAUGCUGCCACCACCGUGCUUCACCGUAGGGAU